AUGCCUCGAGCGACGUCUGACCGCUUUUCCCGCGCCCAUCAGCCCUCACCGAAGGCCAAGAGCUCAGCUGAUUCUGCCGGCUCUUCGUCCGGAGUGCGAAAUCCGAUUUUUAAUACCGAGCGUUUCGGCCAACAUAUCCUCAAGAACCCACAAACCGUCCAAACAAUUGUUGACACGGCGAAUUUGCGUCCGACGGAUAAUGUGCUAGAAGUUGGUCCUGGUACUGGUAACUUAACGGUGCGAAUAUUAGAAAAGGCAAAGCAUGUUACAGCGGUAGAGAUGGAUCCUCGUAUGGCGGCAGAGCUCACGAAGCGAGUGCAAGGAAAGCCAGAGCAGCGCAAGCUCGAAAUCAUCAUCGGCGACUUCGUGAAAGCUGACCUGCCCUACUUCGACGUCUGUAUCUCCAAUACGCCGUACCAGAUCUCGUCCCCGCUCGUAUUCCGCCUGCUCUCGCACCGCCCCCUCUUCCGCAUCGCGAUCCUGAUGUUCCAGCGGGAGUUCGCUGCGCGGCUUGUCGCGCGCCCGAGCACGGAGCUCUGGUCGCGCCUUUCCGUGAACGUGCAGCUGUAUGCCAAGGUCGACCUGGUGAUGCACGUCAGCAAGAACAAUUUCCGUCCGCCGCCCAAGGUUGAGAGCAGCGUCGUCCGCCUCGUCCCCCGCGACCCCCCGCCGCCCGUCGAGUUUGGCGAGUUCGAUGGCCUGGGACGGAUCGUGUUUUCUCGCAGGAAUAAGACGAUACAUGCGAAUUUUAUGGCGAAGGGUGUCAUGGAGAUGCUCGAGAGUAAUUGGAAGACAUGGGCCUCGCUCAAUAACGUAAUCGUUGAAGACAAGGUCAACAUGAAGAAAAAGGUUGAGGAGGUUCUUGAAGAGACAGGCUAUGCGGAGUGCCGUGUCGCAAAGAUGGACAUCGACGAUCUGCUCAAACUGCUAUCAGCAUUCCACGAUGCCGGCAUCCACUUCGCGUGA